AUGCAAGCAGCCAUGAUGCAGCCGCAACAAGCCUCCGCUUAUGGAGCCAUGCCCGUCCGCCGCAAGCCCAUAGCCAACCCCGGCGUGUCCAUGCGUCCCCCGUCGCAGCCCUACCUCGACGCUCCGCUGGGACACUCUCGCACCCGCACCGUCAGCUCCGGCGUCUUCCCCGCCGUCUCUGCCUCCCCAACCGCCACCAUGAUGCACCAGCAGUACCCAAGCCAGUACCCAAGCCAGUACCAGGGCUCGCUCCGCCGCACCCCGACGUCGUCGACCAGCUCCACGACGGGCACCCCGAACCGCUCCAACAGUGGCGCCCUCCGCCGCUCGUCCAGCGCCCGCUCCGGCACCUCGCCCACGUCGUACGUGGCCCUCAUGCGCAAGCAAAAGGCCACCGUCUGGUGUGACCGCGCACAGUACGAGGACCCGCGCAUAGUCGCCGCACAGCAGCAGGCCAAGAUGCGCGCCAACAUGGAGGUAGCCGGCGGGCCCCAUCACGCGCCGCCACGCAGCGCCUCAGGGGGCUCGAGCAUGGCCGCGGGCGUGAGGUCCAAGGUGCGCCAUCACGGCAUGGCCAAGGCCUCCAAGUACGCGCCCGUCACCUACACAGGCUCAGGCGUGCCCAUGCGACUGAGUGCAUCUGAGGUGGACGAGGGUGAUGAAGAGGAUGGCGGCUCGAUACACCAGGGCGGCGCACACCACCGCACCGGCUCAGGGCGCAGCUCCCUCGGCUCCAACCGUCGCAUCUCCUACGCCAACCCCGUUGGAGGUCGCCUAUCCACCAACUCAUCCCCCCCUCAGAACACAACCCCCGACGAGCUCGACGACGUGCAGGAAGAGCCCACGCCAAACCCCGACGAAGAACCCGCCGCAUACUUUGAGCGCUCCAAGACCAACCUCUCCUUCGGCAGCGGCAGCGAAGGGGAACGAGGCUUCGGCGACGUGGGCCAGAUGAAACCGCUCCCCAAGCUCGAAGUUAAGAAAAGCACAGUCGACGACCUGAUACGGCGGGGCAGUGUGGACGAGCGCAAAGCGACUAUGAGCAGCGGCAGGCUCUUCAUUGCUAAUCCUGAUCUUAGCGACUAG